UCAGUCAGUCAGUCACUUGGACCCCGUUGACAUUGACACAUGGGAGUGACGGUCGGCAGAAAUGCAUCUGAAAUGGAAUCUGGCCUUGGCCUUGCUAGCGGUUCUUUGUCUGCAGCGUGGACGCGGAUCGAAACUGGACUUUAAUGGCGGCGCAGGUCGUGAAAUGGGACUGCAUUUAGCUGCCCACUUGGCGCCUGGUACUCCACCAAAAGUUCAGGAGUCCGCUGCCAUGGCGGUAAUCAGUAGAGUAAUCGGCGCACGAUCCUCUCAAUUGUUUCAGGUGCAGGUCAAUAAGCGAAUAGCAAUACGCAGCUUUCAGAUUAGCAUGCUGGACGAUGGCCGUAUCCUGCUGGUGGGAUGGGAUGGCGUCUCCGUGUGCAAGGCCUUCCAUCACUACCUGAAAUACGUCCUGAAUAAGGACGUGGAUUGGUUCAAGGUGCGCAUCGAGUUGCCCUACAAUCUACAGUUUCCCAAUGUGACCAUAGAAUCGACAUCAGCGAGUCCCAUCAUCUAUCACCAGAACGUGUGCACCUGGAGCUACAGCUUUGCGUGGUGGGACUUUGAGCAAUGGCGCCGCCACCUGGAUUGGAUGGCCCUGAUGGGCAUCAGUCUCACCAUUGCCCCCGUCCAGGAAGCCAUCUGGGUGGAGGUGUACACGGAUAUGGGUAUUAGUCGCGAGGAAAUCGAUGCCCAUCUGGCUGGUCCCGCUUUUCAGGCCUGGCAACGCAUGGGCAACAUCCGCGGAUGGGCUGGUCCCCUGAAACCGGAGUGGCAACGCCUGCAACUGCUCCUCCAGCAGGAGAUCCUCGCUGCCCAGCGCAAUCUGGGCAUGAGCGUGGCCUUGCCCGCUUUUGCUGGCCAUGUGCCAAGGGCUCUAAAGCGCCUGCAUCCGAACUCCACCUUCAUGGAGGUCCAGCGAUGGAAUCAGUUUCCCGAUCGCUAUUGCUGCGGUCUUUUUGUGGAGCCCACGGAGCCGCUUUUCAACCAGAUAGCCGAGAGUUUCCUGAGUCGCGUGGUGUCCACCUACGGUUCAAAUCACAUUUUCUUCUGUGAUCCCUUUAACGAACUAGAGCCACCGGUGGCCAAACCGGAUUACAUGCGAUCUACAGCGGCGGCUAUAUACGCAUCCAUGCGGGAUAUUGAUCCUCAGGCUGUUUGGCUGCUACAGGGCUGGAUGUUCGUUAAGAAUCCCUUUUGGACCACGGACAUGGCGAAGGCGUUCCUCACAGCUGUGCCACGUGGUCGUAUCCUGGUGCUCGACCUCCAGAGUGAGCAGUUCCCGCAGUACGAGCUGACGAACUCCUACUUUGGCCAGCCAUUCAUCUGGUGCAUGCUGCACAACUUCGGCGGAACCCUGGGGAUGUUCGGAUCCGCCAAGCUGAUUAAUUCCGGCAUAGAGGCAGCACGUCGAUUGCCCAACAGCAGCAUGGUGGGCACGGGCAUCACUCCCGAGGGCAUUGGCCAGAACUAUGUGAUGUAUUCUUUUACGUUGGAGCGCGGUUGGAGUGAAUCACCCUUGGAUUUGGACAGUUGGUUCUCGCACUUCUCACAUACACGUUAUGGCGUCAAGGAUGAGCGAUUGGAGCAGGCUUGGCUGCUCUUAAAGGACAGUGUGUACUCCUUCCGUGGUCUACAGAAGAUGCGGGGGCAGUAUGUGGUGACACGCAGACCAUCCUUUAAUCAGGAGCCCUUCACCUGGUACAAUGCCAGCGUGGUUCUUGAUGCCUGGCACCUUUUGCUCUCCGCCCGUGCCAUUAUCCCGCUGGAGGACGACCGGUACGAUAUGUACGAGCACGAUUUGGUGGACAUAACCAGGCAGUUCCUGCAGAUCAGUGCUGAUCAGUUGUACAUCAAUCUGAGGUCGGCCUACCGAAAGCGCCAGGAGCCGCGAUUUGAGUACCUUAGCGGAAAGCUGCUGCAGCUGCUUGAUGAUAUGGAGCUGAUCCUGGCCAGCGGCUAUAACUUUCUGUUGGGCAGCUGGCUGGAGCAGGCCAAGCGAGCGGCCCCCAAUCAAGAGGACCGCAGGAACUUUGAAUUCAAUGCCAGGAAUCAAAUUACCGCCUGGGGUCCCGAUGGCCAGAUCCUGGACUACGCCUGCAAACAGUGGUCGGGAUUGGUGAGGGAUUACUACGCACCGCGUUGGAGUCUCUUCCUGGAGGAUGUGAACGUGGCUCUGCACUCCCAGCAACCAUUUAAUGGCACUGCCUAUAAGCAGAAAGUCUCGCAGCGAAUUGAACUGCCUUUUAGCAACAAGACCGAUAUUUAUCCUCAGGAACCAGUUGGCAAUACCUGGCUUAUUUCACAAAACAUUUUCGAGACCUGGAAGGCAUAUUCAAAGGACACGCAAUUUCUGCACAACAAUCGACUGUCGGUGCCGAGAAAAUUCGGUCCUAAAUAGUUAUAAGUAUUAUUAAAAAUAAUUGUAUGACUGCCAACUCAAGUGUUUCUUUUAAAAUUAUGUAAACUUGACUUUAAAUAAUCCAAAUAAAUUAUCCUCUUUUGACAAA